AUGGAGACCCCUCUUGAGAAGGCCCUGGCCACGAUGGUCACCACUUUCCACAAAUAUUCGGGGAGAGAGGGCAGCAAACUGACCCUGAGUAGGAAGGAACUAAAGGAGCUGAUCAAGCAGGAGCUGUGUCUUGGUGAGAAAAUGCAGGAGAGCAGUAUCGACGACCUGAUGAAGAGCCUGGACAAAAACAGCGACCAGGAGAUCGACUUUAAGGAGUACUCGGUGUUCCUGACCACGCUGUGCAUGGCCUACAAUGACUUCUUCCUAGAGGACCGCAAAUGA